AUGUCUUCUCUCUCUCGUCGUGCUUGCUACAAGUGUGGCAACGUUGGCCACUACGCCGAGGUUUGCUCCUCUGCUGAGCGUCUUUGCUACAACUGCAAGCAGCCUGGCCACGAGUCCAACGGCUGCCCUCUCCCUCGCUCGACCGAGGCGAAGCAGUGCUACCACUGCCAGGGACUGGGCCAUGUCCAGGCCGACUGCCCUACUCUCCGCCUGAGCGGCACUGCCACCGGUGGCCGAUGCUAUAACUGCGGCCAGCCUGGCCAUUUGGCUCGUGCUUGCCCCAACCCCGGCAAUCCUGGUAUGGGCCGUGGUGCUCCCAUGGGCCGUGGUGGCUUCGUCGGCGGCUAUGGUCGUGGAGGCUUCGCCAACGGCCCUCGUCCCGCUACUUGCUACAAGUGCGGUGGCCCCAACCACUUCGCUCGCGAUUGCCAGGCUCAGGCCAUGAAGUGCUAUGCUUGCGGCAAGCUCGGCCACAUCUCCAGGGAUUGCACUGCUCCCAACGGCGGCCCCCUGAACACUGCUGGUAAGACUUGCUACCAGUGUGGUGAGGCUGGUCACAUCUCUCGCGAUUGCCCCCAGAAGACCGCCAACACCGAGAUCAACAACGAGGUUGUGGACCUUAACAACGUCCCCGCUCCCCCCGUGGCCCCUAUUGCCCCGGUGGCUUAG